CAAACAGCGGUUAACGCCACAUCUACCCCUGCAGUUGGGGACAACAGUUUACAAGAUGAAGUGUUGGGCACUCUUGGUAAUCCUUGGGUGCAUAUUCGUUGUACCAUCUCAAACUGGCCCGGUUAGUCUCUCGCGCACAAAACGAUCCCACCAUGAGCCUGAAGGGUACUGGAGCAAAAAGCUGACUUGGAAAACACAGUGGGUGAAAGCCUGGAAAACUGAAAAGAAACUGGUUUGGAAACCGGAUUGGAAAAAGAUUCAGGUGCCAAUCUGGAAAGAAAUCCAGGUCCCAAUCUGGAAAGAAAUCCAAGUACCGGAUUGGAAGGUGAUCAGCAAACCGAUAUGGAAAGAAAUCCAAGUGCCCGCGUGGAAGGAAAUCCAAGUACCCGAUUGGAAGGAGGUCCAAGUGCCGGCGUGGAAAGAAAUUCAGGUACCCGACUGGAAGGAAAUCCAAGUACCGGACUGGAAGGAAAUCCAAGUACCCUAUUCGAAACAAAUCUGGAAACCGGUGUGGGUAGAAACUCAGGUGCCCGCAUGGAAGGAAAUUCAAGUACCGGACUGGAAACAAAUCUGGGUACCCGAAUGGGUCAAGGUGGGAAUCCCUGGAGAGCACUAUUUGGGCAAAGAUGACCACGGCAGCGAAUACACCGCACACGACUUGUGGAAGAAGAAACUCAUCUGGAAGCCGCAAUGGAAGAAGAUCUGGAGAACUGAGAAGAAACAAAUCUGGGUGCCGUCCAAGAAAAUGGAAUGGAAAUCCGAGUGGAUCCAGGCAUGGAGAACGGAGAAGAAACAGAUCUGGAGAACCGAGAAGAAACAAAUCUGGAGAACCGAAAAGAAACAGAUCUGGAUCCCGAAGAAAGAGCAAAUCUGGAGAACCGAAAAGAAACAGAUUUGGAUUCCGAAGAAGCAGCUAAUCUGGAAGCAAGAGAAGGUGCAAAUCUGGAGGACGGAGAAGGUACAGAAAUGGGUGACGGAAAAGAAACAGGCAUGGAAGGACGAAUGGAAACAGAUCUGGGUCCCCGUAUGGAAAUCGAGAGAAGUUCCGGUGUGGAAGAAGAUCUCCAUUCCCGUUUGGGAGAAGGUGUGGGUGGCUGUCCACCACCACCACGGCUGGGACUGAUCUGCAACUGUGCUCAAUAAUUUUAUGUUUUCUGUAAAUAUUGUCUUUUCUCAUUCUCUUGCUCUUAGUACAAAUGUUUGUAUAUAACAGGUACGCCAGUGAGUUUUUUCUACUUUAUUUUAUAAGUUUCUCUCUAUGAGUAUAGUAUUUGUUAACUUGUUGUAAAUUUAAGAUUUAAUAAAAACAAUAAAAAA